GCCUGUCAGACAGCGACGAGGAAACACUACCCAACAUUCUACUGAACUACAACCAGAAUGUGAAGCAUGGCCGGUGAAGGCGAAAAGAAGCCAGUGCUGGAAAUGGUCCAGGCAGAUGGUGCUGAUGAAGGAUGUGUGACAUUUGUGCUGCAUGAUGAAGACCAUACACUGGGCAACUCCCUCAGAUAUAUGAUUAUGAAGACUGUGGAUGUGGAUUUCUGUGGCUACACCAUCACUCAUCCCUCUGAGAGCAAGAUCAACUUUCGCAUUCAGACACGAGGGGGACUUCCUGCCACAGAGCCUCUGCGGAGGGGUCUGAAUGAGCUCAAUGAUGUUUGUCAACAUGUUCUCAACACCUUUCAGGCAAGAGUUAAUGAAUUCAAAGAUGGUCUGGAGCAACCCAUGGAAUGAGGAGCAUGACGCAUGUGUGCCAAUGAAGCUGUCAAGACACACUUUGUAAAAACUAACGAUGUCAUGUGGAUUUGUCCUCUUUUUUUUUUUUAUAUCUACUACUUAGAGAAGGAAAAGUUCUCCUUAAAAUAGUUCAAUCGAAUUCCAAUCCGAGUAUUUGUACUUUUUUUUUUAUAUGAUGUCAAAUUUAUGUUUCAUUGUUGUGCAUGAUAAAUGUUUAUCAGUCCCGUGCUGAUUAUUCCCACGUUUUUGGAAGGAGUAAUAAAAGACAGUUAAGACAUGAAA